UCUCUCUAGUUAUUCCUCGUCAAACGAAACUAGUAAUAACAAACACAAAUACCUUCUCCUCCUCCAUCGAAUCUUCAGCUGUUUAGAUCUCUCGAGAGUUUUUCUUAAAACUCUCGAUCUCGUCGAUCGAAAUAUCACCAAACCUCUGAAGUCUGAACCCAUUAAUUUCAUCAUCUUCAUUCGAUCAGUUCAUUUCCAUCCAUCCAUCGAUCGAUCUUCCAGCCAAAUGGGUAGCCUACACACCGACGUUCUUGAGAACAACUCGGUGUGUGCUCUCAACCCCCUAGACCCGGAGGAGUUCAGGAGGCAAGGCCACAUGAUCAUCGACUUCCUGGCUGAUUACUAUCGAGACAUCGAGAAAUAUCCAGUUCGUAGCCAGGUGGAACCCGGUUACCUUCGCAAACGCCUCCCCGACACGGCUCCAUAUAACCCUGAACCAAUCGAAACCAUUAUGCAGGAUGUUCAGAAAGAAAUCAUCCCUGGAUUAACACACUGGCAGAGUCCUAACUACUACGCUUACUUCCCUUCCAGCGGUAGCGUCGCUGGUUUUCUCGGCGAAAUGCUUAGCACUGGAUUUAAUGUCGUUGGGUUCAACUGGAUGUCGUCUCCGGCUGCCACAGAGCUGGAGAGCAUAGUCAUGGAUUGGCUUGGCAAGAUGCUCAAGCUCCCCACGUCUUUCCUCUUCUCUGGAAAUGGUGGUGGUGUGCUACAAGGGACUACCUGUGAAGCCAUCCUGUGCACGCUCACGGCAGCCAGAGAUCGGAUGUUGAACAGAAUUGGUAGGGAGAACAUAGGGAAGUUGGUGGUUUAUGGAUCAGAUCAGACCCACUGUGCACUCCAGAAAGCUGCCCAGAUUGCAGGGAUCUUUCCAAACAACUUCCGUCCCGUUGCAACGAGUAAGGCCACCUCAUUCGGGCUGGCCCCCGAGUCUCUUCAGUCUGCAAUCCAAGCAGAUAUAGAAGCUGGGCUCAUCCCAUUAUUCCUCUGUGCUACUGUCGGUACUACAUCGUCGACAGCCGUCGACCCAAUUGCUCCUCUAUGCGCAGUGGCCAAAGAGUAUGGAGUUUGGGUUCACAUCGACGCAGCAUACGCCGGAAGUGCAAGCAUAUGUCCUGAGUUCAGACACUUCAUCGAUGGGGUAGAGGAUGCAGACUCGUUCAGUUUCAAUGCACACAAGUGGUUCUUCACCACUCUGGAUUGCUGCUGCCUUUGGGUCAAGGACCCUAGUGCCCUUGUUAAGGCCCUUUCAACCAGUCCUGAGUAUUUGAGGAACAAAGCUACUGAAUCAAAGCAAGUGAUAGACUACAAAGACUGGCAAAUAGCCCUCAGUCGUCGAUUCCGAGCCAUGAAGCUCUGGAUGGUGCUUCGGAGCUAUGGUGUGGCCAACCUAAGAAAUUUCCUUCGGACCCACGUGAAAAUGGCUAAGCACUUCGAAGAGAAGGUAACCAUGGACAAGAGGUUUGAGAUUGUGGUGCCGAGGAAUUUCGCGAUGGUAUGCUUCCGGCUACUACCUCCGCCGGUGAAGGAUCAUGAGGAUGAGACGCUCAGGCAAUCGUCGGAGUUGGAACGUGCAAACGAGAUCAACCGUAAGUUGCUGGAGUCGAUCAACUCGACUGGGCGCAUAUACAUGACGCAUGCGGUGGUUGGGGGUGUAUACAUGAUCAGGUUCGCUGUUGGUGCAAGCCUUACAGAGGACCGCCAUGUGAACUUGGCAUGGAAGGUAGUGCAAGAACAUGCAGAGGCCAUUCUCAAAGCGUGUUGAUUAAGGUGGCAACCUACGACUACCACUCCAUAUUGGUGGAUUUGAGGGUUUAAUUCAAACUUGCGAAAAUAAAGAGUAAGACCCAUAAAAAAAAAAAUAAAAGAAGUUAAUUACUUGGGUUCAUUAAUUUUGUACGUACUCAUCAUCAUCUGUAAUUUUUUUCUUAAUUUUUUUUUGUAUCUAUUAAAUCAUCUACAUUGAAUUAUUUCUACAACAACGAUUUUUAAUA